AUGAUUGUGCUUAGCUUCCCUCUUUCCCUCUCCUUACCCUCUCUCCCCUUACCCCCUCACUCUCCCCGCACUUCCAUUCAGACCUGCUCUGAGCUGGAUUUUCACCCCAUGAUCGUACUGAGCAAGCUGGAUUUUAACAGCGAGGAGGAGAGCAAGAUGGUCAAGGAGGUGAGGAGCGGUGGAAGGUGGUGCAAGGAGGUGUGGAGUGGUGCAAUGUGGUGCAAGGAGGUGAGGAGUGGUGCAAUGUGGUGCAAGGAGGAUGAGAUUCGCGAGUACCACGCGUUGCGCCUGUCACUAGCGGAGAAGGAGAGGCGGCUCAAAGCGGAGGUGCUACGACCCGACAGAUGCCUGCACUUCCUGCAGCCAGGCCGACUGCUCUCGCUCUUCAAAUUCGAGCUGAAAAUCUGUUCACGAGUGCUCAAGCGUCUGGGCCACAUCGACGCAGACGGGGGGGUGCAGCUCAAGGGCCGGGCGGCGUGCGUUGUCACGACAGGCGAUGAGCUGCUGGUGACGGAGCUGAUGCUGGAAGGGGCGUUCAACUCAAUGGACCCGCACCAGUUGGUGGCUGUCGCCAGCUGCUUUUUACCCUCUGAGAAGUUGAAUGAGGAGCAGCCUGUGUCAGCAGACUUAAAGCCGUACUACAACACACUAAGAGAGGCAGCGCAGGACAUAGCGCGGGUGCAACAGGAGAAGAUUGAGGUGGACGAGGAGGGGUACGUAGAUCAAUUCCGGCCGACGCUCAUGAACGUGUUCUACCAGUGGUCCAAGGUGAGAGGUUGA